AUGAAAACAAGAUAUUUUUUGUUCGUUAUUUUAUGGGUGAUUUCAUUAGGAAAAGAAUGCCCAGCUAAAAAACCGAUAGUAUUUAUUCCAGGGAUUCUUGCGUCUAUGUUAGAAGGGGAUAUUAAUAUAAAAGAUAUCAGUAAAACACCACUUCCAGAGAAAUGUGAUACACAAGUAGAAUAUGAAAGACUUUGGGUUGCAUUAAAGAAUGUUAGACCACUGAAGAAUGAAUGUUCAUUAGGAUAUUUAACACCGAUGUGGAAUUCAACAAGUAAAGAGCAAAUUGAUAUAGAAGGAGUUAAUAUUAUUUCACCGAAAUUUGGAAGUACAUAUGCAUGUGAUGAGAUUGAUCCUAAUUGGCCCGUUUCAAUAUUUGCAAAAUGUUUUCAUGAUUUAAUUAAGAAAUUUAAGAAAUUAGGAUAUGUAGAUGGAGAUGAUAUGGUAGGGGCAUCAUAUGAUUGGAGAUAUUAUAGAUAUGGAGAAUAUAAACAUAAAAGAAAUUGGUUUGAAGAUACAAAAGAAUUAAUAAUUAAUACAUAUAAUAAAUAUGGGAAAGUAGUUGUUAUCUCCCAUUCAAUGGGAGGAUUAAUGUUUUAUAAAUUUUUAGAUUAUGUAGGAAAAGAAUUUGCAGAUAAAUAUAUUGAUAAUUGGAUUGCAAUGUCAACACCAUUCCUUG